GGGCCGCGCUCGGGGCCGCGCUCGGGGCCGGCGCGGCGCUGCCUGCCGGGGCCGCCCCGCCGUGCCUCGCUAGCGCCUUCGGCCGCGGAUGCGCCGCUCCGCUCCGGCUGCCGGCGAAGGAAGAAAAGUUUGGGGGCGACUUAGGGCAGCGGGAGCGCCCGAGGAGGAGAAGGAGGAGGAGGAGGUUGCGCGGUUUCCCCGGCUGAUCGGGAAGGAAGGAUGACCGAGGGAGGAUGUGCACCAGCAGCCAGAUCAUCGGGAGCCUCCUGGUGCUCUCCGUGCUGGAGAUAGGGUUAGGGGUGUCCAGCGUGGCCGUGGGGGCGGUCAGUUUCAGCCUGGUCCUCACAGAGCAUAAACCUCAGCUGGGAGACUCUUCUCCGUUCCUGCUUUGCGGCGUAUGUGGAAUAUUGUGCGCCAAAAAAAAAUCUGGACUUGUUAUGAUACUUUUUUCUGCCUGUUGCAUCUGUGGACUAAUAGGAGGAAUCUUAAAUUUUCAAUUUCUUCGUGCUCUGACAAAGAAGUCAUCUGCUCUCUAUUCUUUGCAUCUUGCCUCCAUGUCUCUUGCAUGCAUUGGAAUUGGUGGUUGCACCCUUUCUUCAUGGCUCACUUGUCGGCUAGCCAGCUAUGAACAAAGGCGAAUGUUCUCAGAAAGGGAACAUUCAUUGCAUCACUCCCAUGAAAUGGCAGAAAAAAGAUUGAGGGGUAUUGAAAUAACCGACCUGCCCAGCUGUCCGGUGAUUCCCCCGACACCAGAGUUACCUCCAAGGAAAUGACAGACAACCUAAGCAAUGGUGGCCCACAUCUGAUUUAUAAUGGAAGUGUAUAUUAAGAAAUUUUUAAAAGUUCCAUGGAAGGAAGUGGUUUUAGAAUUUUCUUCAGGAAAAAAAAUAGACUCCAAGAAAUUAAGAAAAUGAAACUAUCUUAGCUUUUAUGCUCAAACGUCACAACUGCCAACCAGCACAGUUGCAAUUCCCUUUUAGAACCAUGUUCAAAAUUUACCUCCUAAACAUUUUGCGGAUAUACAGUAUUUAUUCACUUCCUGCCUACUCUCUUUCAGUUUUUUGUCUGAAUAAUCUUUCUGAAUUGUGAUAGUAUUUGAAAUAGACUUCUCAAGACUCUUAUUCUCAUGAAGACUCAAAAAUCAGAAAAAACCCCAAACUGAACUGCAUUUAGCCCACUCAAAGGAGAAGGCAGAGGAAGAAUGGCUCAGGGGAAUCUUUUUCUCCUCUCCACUUAGCAGCAUCUGGUGCAAUACGAUGGCUUCAGAUCAUGGCAUGGUACAGCAACACAUCUGCACAGUCCCUCUCCUCACAUUUUGAAUGCAUCCUGCCUCUGUUUUCCCAGUAGAUCAUAUCAAAGGAGUGCAAACUCCUUACAAAAAGCUACCCUUCCACAUCCAGAGUGUAAAUGAACAGUGUACUGAAAACAAAACCGAUGUCUUUGUUUUGAAAGACAGAAUGCUCUAAGAAUGCCAUAAAUCAAAACCUCAAUAAUGCCUUGUUGUAAAUAAAUUGUAAAUAUUUCCAAUUUGUGAAUGAAGUAUAUUUCGUAAUUUGUUCAUAAAAGAUGACAAAUAAAAUGAAAUCUAAAGCAGAGAUUU